AUCCCUAUAGUUUUGAUCAAAUUCACCUUCAAAAAAAGAAGAAAAAAACACAGUUCAAGAACACAUAGUUUCUCUUUCACCAUAUAAUUGCUCUCUAGUGUUGAUUCUCCAUGUCUAGAGAGCAACCUCCAUCAGAGACCCACCAAAGGGUCAACUCUAGGAAAAGCAACAACGUUGUUCUCCCAGUGUUAGACCCACCUGGUGCGCCAGCUGUAAUAACCACAGUUGAAAAUUGGGAUGUAAAGCAUUACAAGAAAUGGUUUCCUUGGUUGAUCCCAUUCUUUGUUGUUGCCAAUAUCAUUGUGUUCAUCAUCACCAUGUAUGUCAACAACUGCCCCAAGAACUCGAUCUCUUGCAUUGCCACGUUCUUGGGUCGUUUCUCUUUUCAGCCUUUCAAAGAGAAUCCCCUCUUGGGGCCUUCAUCAUUGACGCUACAGAAGAUGGGGGGUCUUGAUGUAAACAGAGUGGUUCACAGACACCAGGGUUGGCGCCUCAUCAGUUGUAUGUGGCUACAUGCUGGGGUUUUCCAUAUAUUGGCAAAUAUGUUGGGUGUUCUAGUCAUUGGAAUUCGGCUUGAGCAAGAAUUUGGGUUUGUGCUUAUUGGACUGCUAUUUGUCAUAUCUGGAUUUGGGGGGAGUUUGCUUUCUGCUCUUUUCAUUCAGACAAACAUUUCUGUUGGUGCUUCUGGUGCACUUUUUGGCUUGCUGGGAGGCAUGCUUUCCGAACUCAUUACUAACUGGUCUAUAUAUGAUAAUAAGCUAGCAGCACUCUUCACCCUUGUGGUCAUCAUUGUUAUUAAUCUAGCAGUGGGGAUUCUCCCACAUGUGGACAAUUUUGCUCAUAUUGGAGGCUUUCUUACAGGAUUUCUUCUCGGAUUUGUGUUUCUGAUACGUCCCCAGUUUGGAUGGGUUAACCAACGAUAUGCUCGUAUAGAAUAUUCUCGAGCUAAGCCUAAAUUCAAGAAAUAUCAGUACAUCUUAUGGGUCUUCUCCCUCAUCAUUUUAAUUGUUGGGCUUACUGUUGGGCUGGUUGCACUUCUUCGUGGUGUUGAUGCAAAUGAUCACUGCUCCUGGUGCCAUUAUCUGUCUUGUGUUCCAACAUCAAAAUGGAGCUGCCAUACUGGGACAGCAUAUUGUUUGUCAAACCAGCUUGGCAACCAGCUAAACGUAACAUGCUCAAGCAAUGGUAAAUCCAGUACAUACUACAAGCAAGAUCCAACCAGUUCCCAAAUCCAGCAAUUAUGUACUCAGCUUUGUAGUUGAGUUUUGACAAAAAGGGAUGAUCGUUGGAAUGAGAUGUUCAUUUUUUCAUACCACUACAGUGCCAUUUAGUUUAUACCGAUUGCCUUAUUCAGGAAACAGGAUCAAAAAACAUACUUUUGCAUUGGUAGAUUUGUUUAUCUCCUUUUGUAUAUAUAAUAUUGAUUUUUUUUAAUUUUUUUUGGUACCUAUUGUGUGC